AAAGCAACAUAUCUUCUGAUUUUAUAUUUUAAUACCCAGAAAGGAAGUAAAUUCCUUUAUCUUGUUUCAAGCUGCCAUAGCUUUGGAGCUCUGUUUUUCAUGGAGAGUUAGCAAUCCGAUUCCCAAGCCCUUUUUUCUUCAGGUGAAGGGGAACGGUAGUAGAAGAUCAAAUUUGUCAUUCAGGUCGAUUCAGGCUUCAAGGAAUAGGGUGUUUUUGCUGUAGUGUUCAAGAUGGGAAAGGGCUUGUCAGAGCACUCAGAUGUUGAGUUUGAGGAUUAUCAUCCAAGUUGCAUGUGGGGUAUACGACAUGUUCUUGAUUCCAACCGUUGGUAUAAUGUGAAGAAGAUGCUUCCAUACAGAAGAUACCAGAAAGGAAGGCGUGCUGGAUGUUGUGCAAAUCCAAAAACAAUUUCUUUAGAACAUGAGCCAGGUGAAGAAGAUAUGAGACCAUUAGAUGCUGAAUCAGACAUCUUUCAAGUUGAACAGAAGAUAGAAAGUAGCAAAAUCAACAAAAAUUCCCGGAAGUCCUCUCUAAAAGCCUUAAUAGAAAAGGAGAAGUCCGAGGAAGAGAACAAGCACCGGAUUCUGAAUUUAUCUAUGCAAUCACAGCUGUCGCAAACUGAUUCGAUACAUAGUUUAGAGCCUUCAGGUUCUGGUCUUGGUUGGAUGAAUCCAAUAAUUCUCAUACAGAAGAGAGCCAACACCUCUAGCACCAGAAUGCAUAAUUCAUCUCUACCAGAGAACCUCGACAAACUGGUUAGGAGCAAUAAGAAUACCGAUUUCUUUGACGGAAAAAAUUCAAUAAAUCAGAAGAAAAUGCAUUCUCUCUUCCAGGAAGAGUCGGAUCAAGUAGAGCAAAACUCUAUAAAUCAGAAGUCAAAAGCUAAGAAGCUCAACGGAGAAGUUUCGAGUAGUCAGGUUAAGAAGUUUGUGGAUGUUCUUGAGAUAUUUAGAGUGAAAAAGGAGUUAUUCUUUGACAUCUUGCAACAUCCAGAUGUUGGAGUCUCAAACCAUUUCCCAGCUUCCAAUAGAAGUAGAAAAUUUACCAAAUCAGGGUCAUUUCCUGUGUUUGAUUCAUUUCACAAUAGACGUCUUAAGCCUAGUACACUCGAGCACAAGCAGAAGGAAAUUUGGUCAUUCUCAAAGGCAGGGAGAUUGCUUGAUGGCACUCAAGUAUUGAAAUCAAGGGCUUCAGAAACUGAUGAUACUAAUGGUGUUGAGAAUACCAUAACACAAGAAACAAGCCUUUCAUUUCAGGGAGCUAAUCACCAAAGGUGGGAUCAGAUAGUUGUGAAUCAUGUCAAAGAUCUUAAGCAGAGAAUAAAGCACGCACUCAAGGAAAAAAGGAGGAGGGGUUACCGCAAAAACAUGAAAGGGCUCCCCAGUGAUAAGAAAGAGAUGUCUGGAAGUUCAAGAAAGACUAGCAUGAGCCAGGAUGGUAUGAAGAGUCCCACAAAAUGUAAUGAGGUGGUUGAUGUUUUAGAUCAUGAUAGGAACAAGAGUCUCUAUCUCAUGAGGAGAACAACCUCUCUGAAUGAGUCACUGGAUAGAUAUGCUCAAUUAUUCCAACAUAAUUUCAGCAAGGAACCUGCUUUGCAUCAGUCUAGAAGCUUAAAAUUGAGGGAUGAAGAGAAAGUUUCUUCAAGGUACCGCAUUCCAAAAUACGUCAGAAGGAUUUCCUCUCUGUCUGAUCUCGAGUCUAUUUGUUCUAUUCUAAAUGAGCUAUCUUGUGAUGCUCUUUCUUCGGAGAUGCCUAUUAGCUCUGCUUCAAAUUGUGUUGCAAAUAAUGAAAGAGAUGGAGACAAUCUUGAACCCCAAGAAGCUACUCCAGGGAUUAAAUUUCAGGAAAAAGUGAUUGAAGAAAAUGACCAUUGUCCAAUCGAGUUGUCAGUGGAUAGAAACAAUGUAGAAAUUGCAGAACUAGCUGACAUAAGUGAAGAUAUAGUUGAGCCUGAAACAGGAGAAGACAAUCCUCACCAAGAACAAGAGAAUGUUUUCACAAUCAAUGCUAGUAGAGAGCUCAUAAAACUAAGUUCAGAGUCAAUCCCUCAUACAUCUUCUCUAGAUGGUCUAACGAGUCAGGCAGACCCUCCAAUCUCAGAAGGUUCAGAAUUGAAUUCUCAGGAGGACCACCAUAAGGAUGAGGCACACACAUGUUUUAUUGGCCCUGAUGGACAUGACCACUUGGGUGAAGUUUCUUUAUCUGCCACUUGCUGCUCUGUAAAUGACAAGAGUGUUAAACAUGAAACUGAAGGGAUCAACAAUUACUCACUCCAUUCUGAUAAAGAGGGUGAUGUUUGCUUCAACUAUGUAAGAGAUGUUCUUGAGCUCUCAGGCUUCAUAGGAAAUGAGAUCCUCAGAACAUGGUACUCACCAGACCAGCCAUUGAACCCAUCACUAUUCAAGGAAUUGGAGACUUGCUUGCACCAAGUACCUGAAUCCUCCUUUGAGAAGGAUGGCAUUAACUGCUAUCGCCAACUUCUCUUUGAUCUAGUUAAUGAGGCACUACUUGAGAUCUCUAAUAAAUCAGCUGUCUACUUCCCAAAGGCCUUCUCUUUUAGCUCACGCGUUUGUCAAUCACCUAAAGGACACCAACUUCUCCAGGAAAUAUGGGCAAAAGUUUGCAGGAAUUUAGAGUCUACACCAGACCUUGACCAGUCACUAGAUGAUAUUGUUUCUAGAGAUUUGGAAAAAGAUUCUUGGAUGAACCAUCAAUUGGAGGCUGAAUGUGUGGCACUUGACCUAGAAGAUAUGAUUUUUUAUGAGCUUUUACACGAGGUAGUAUGCUUUUAAGUUGUAAUAUAGAAAAAACAGUAUCUUCAGCCUACUGAAUAGGAUACCCUUAUUCAGUUUAAGUGGGGACAAAGUGGAGUGUCAAUAAAUAGGAUAUUUUCAAUUGCUUUAGCAACAGCCUAGAGGCAUGGUGCUUAGUGAAAAUGUAAUAGAAGAGCCCUUUUUUUUUAUGAACAAAUGUAAUAAAAGAGCUCCACAUUUGGUGAGAGUGAAAGAAUAUCAAUGUGCUUACUGGAGAUGUAAUAUAAGAGGUCACCAUUA